CAUCAUGGUUUGUUUCACUCCCAGCAAACCAUAAUAUGUAGCCAUGGUUUGUUCCUGGGUUACUGAUUAUGAUUUGUUUGGGAGUGAAACAAACCAAGAUAUCUGGUUUGAAUGUACCAUAAUAACAUGGAACCAGCAGGGAGGAAAGAAACUGGCAUUAUUUCACUCAUACACAGCUAUCCAAAAUAUGUGGGUGGCCUCUUGGCUGCUUGUGCCAUCAGGUCCCAGUCUGUGUGUGUCACAUCAAGUGCUCUCACCUGGAUGUUUUUAUUAAUGCCAUUCCACCAAUGAAACUUCGAAGAGUUUCAGCUAGGAGUCUUUUCCAGCCAUACCUGGAGUUGCUGAGGAUUGAAUCUUGGGCCUCAACUCAGCCAUUGAGCUACAGUCCUGAUAUAGAUAAUGGACUCCAUGGACAAAUAAUCAAAGUUGAUGUAAAGUUGAUACUCUUAAAGCAGAUACAUUACAGGUAUUUCGAGUUGGGAUUUCAAAUCAGGAUGUGAAUCUUCAACCUCUUCUUGCAAAUACAGUGGUACCUCGGUUUAAGAACAGUCCUGUUUAUGAACUAUUUGGUUUACGAACACCGCAAAACCGGAAGUAGUGUCCUGAUUUGCGAACUUUACCUCAGUCUAAGAAUGGAAUCCGAACGGUGGAAGGGCAGUGGCGGCGGGAGGCCUCAUUAGGGAAAGUGCGCCUCCGUUUAAGAACGGUUUCGGUUUAAGAACAGACUUCUGAAAUGGAUUAAGUUCGUAAACCGAGAUACCACUGUAGAUUGAGAUGUGUUUUGCCCUGUCUUUUGCAAUAGGGUUUUUUUAUAGUUACUGUUUUGCUUAAUUGCUUUUUAAAACUUGGUUCAGAAUUCUCAGAUGCAAACAUACACAUGAUGAACAAUCAACUCCUGCCGGGUUUUUUGAAACAUUAAAAGAAAGAAAAUGUGAAGUCCAAAGUGUGGGGCCUAUGUAGCCGCUAAUCUCUUUAGUAAUAAGGCCAUGAACCGUAAGGAUCUUGUUAAAAAUGCACUUGCAGCUCUGUGCUGUUCUUUGUUGAGCUAACAAGCCUUCCCCUUUCAUAGUUUGGGAAUGUAAACCCCUUUGCUCUUGAGUGGAAAUCCAUUUGGGAGCUUUUCAGCAGGGAAAAACUUUUAUAGUCAGUUUUGCAGGACGAGGAUCUGCCUACAAAAGCUGGGGAUGUGUGUUUGUUUCGAAUGGCCAUUUACAGGAUAACCCUGGAGGGUGUUUUUCCAAUUUUCUUUCCCCUGCAAUGUUUUUGAAUGAUUCUGCUAACUUUUCGGAAGGUGAAAAUGAACCUCAUUCGGCCUUUUCACAGACUGAACACAACAUAGUUGCAGCUUAUUUGAUAACAGCAGGAGUCGUAAGUCUUCUGAGUAACAUAGUGGUCCUAGGCAUCUUUGUUAAGUAUAAGGAACUUCGAACAGCAACCAAUGCCAUUAUUAUUAACCUGGCUUUCACUGACAUUGGAGUGAGUGGGAUUGGCUACCCCAUGUCCGCAGCUUCGGAUCUGCAUGGAAGCUGGAAAUUCGGCUAUGCAGGCUGCCAGAUCUAUGCUGCUUUAAAUAUCUUUUUUGGAAUGGCAAGUAUUGGUUUGCUUACUGUUGUUGCAAUUGACCGUUACCUGACAAUCUGCAAGCCACAUAUAGGUAGUAGACUUACUGCUAACAACUACACAGUUCUGAUUCUUGCUGCCUGGAUCAAUGCAGUCUUUUGGGCCUCGAUGCCGAUUGUGGGCUGGGCAAGCUACGCCCCAGAUCCAACUGGAGCUACCUGUACAGUGAACUGGAGGAAAAACGAUGCAUCCUUUGUUUCUUUCACAAUGUCUGUGAUUGCUGUUAACUUUGUCAUCCCGUUAUCGGUCAUGUUUUACUGCUACUUCAAUGUUUCGCGAACUAUGAAGCGGUACGCCAGAAGCAGUUGCCUAGAGAGCAUCAACAUAGAUUGGUCUGAUCAAGUAGAUGUAACAAAGGUUUCGAAGGGCCAUCUUUGCGAUGGUCAGAUGUCAAACACGGCAGGAGAUCACAAUCAACCAUGUCUUCUUGCCAAUGAGUGCGUCUCAAAGCACAAUUACCUAAGGAUGCUGAUGGAAAGCAUUGCCUCUAUGUUUACUUGCUUGCCGAAUCCCUGGAAAGAAGCAAGUCUGAUCUGUUUUGCGGAUAGUUGUGUUACAAGGCUUUUGCUUACUUUCAAGUCAUUUGACUCCAUAGCUGGAUCCUGUGGUAGCUAUGAUGGUAACAAGCACCAUAUAUUUUAUUCCCCGAGAUCUACCAGGGUCCUGGCUGGCCCAGGCUUUAUGGUUGCUGACCCCUGGUGCCAAGCUAUCUGCUGCAGCAUUGUAUUAGCAAAAGGACCCUUGUGGUUCAUUGUACAAGCACAAUAUUUCAUAGGCGUGUGCCCUUAGUAUCUAUAAUAAAACAUCAAUAAAAGCCAAGACUUCA